AUUCACACUGCUUUUUCUGUAAAAAUACUCAGAGAUUCUGCUAUAUAUUUAUAUAUACACAUGCAUAUGGCUCUGUUCAUGCAUAUAUACUCUGCUCUGAAUUGCUCUGUUCUUCUGUUAAGGGCUUGACUCAGAAGAAACAGGAUGGGAACUCUGUUUCCUGAUGAAGAAUCUGAGAACCGAAACGGUGAUCAUCAACUUCUCCACCAACAUGAAGAUGUUGAUGCAGGAGCUCUUUUUGUCCUCAAAUCCAAAGGUUCUUGGUUGCAUUGUGGAUACCAUUUGAGCACAUCGAUUGUGGCACCACCUCUUCUAAGUCUUCCGUAUGCAUUCACCUUCCUUGGAUGGACGGCUGGGAUCUCAUGCUUGGUGAUCGGAGCGUUGGUGACUUUCUAUUCAUAUAAUUUAAUAUCUAGGGUUCUUGAACACCACGCCCAAAAUGGUAACCGUCAACUACGAUUUAGAGACAUGGCUCGUGAUAUUUUAGGUCCAAGCUGGGGUCGUUAUUUUGUUGGCCCAAUUCAGUUCGCAGUUUGUUUUGGUGCUGUAGUGGCUUGCACUCUGUUAGGAGGCCAAUGCAUGAAGGCAAUUUACUUGCUAUCAAAUCCAAAGGGGAGCAUGAAGCUUUACGAGUUUGUAAUCAUAUUUGGAUGCUUUAUGCUAAUUUUGGCUCAAAUCCCAUCUUUCCAUUCACUCAGACACAUUAAUCUGCUGUCACUCAUUCUCUGUUUGGCCUAUAGUGCUGCUGCUACGGCUGCUUCCAUUUACAUUGGAGAGUCAUCCAAAGGACCAGAAAAGGACUACUCUAUAAAAGGUGACACUGAAAAUCGCUUAUUUGGAGUCUUCAAUGCAAUUGCCAUCAUUGCCACAACCUAUGGAAAUGGAAUAAUCCCAGAAAUUCAGGCAACACUAGCACCACCAGUGAAAGGGAAAAUGUUCAAGGGACUAUGUGUCUGNUAUUUUGUACUCAUAGUCACUUUCUUUAGUGUAUCUGUUUCUGGUUAUUGGGCAUUUGGCAACGAAUCUGAAGGCCUCGUAUUAAGCAAUUUUGUGGACAAUGGGAAGCCUUUGGUGCCCACAUGGUUCAUUUACAUGAUCAACAUUUUUACUAUAACACAACUAUCAGCAGUUGGUGUGGUUUAUUUGCAACCAACAAAUGAAGUGCUGGAGCAAGCAUUUGGAGAUCCAAAAAGCCCUGAGUUCUCGAAACGCAAUGUAAUACCGAGAGUGAUUUCUCGAUCACUGGCUAUUACUAUUUCAACCAUUAUAGCAGCCAUGCUUCCUUUUUUUGGGGAUAUAAACUCUCUUAUUGGAGCUUUUGGCUUUAUCCCUCUUGAUUUCNUCUUGCCAGUCAUUUUCUACAACUUCACAUUUAGACCAUCUAAGAGAACCUUUAUUUUCUGGUUGAAUCUAACUAUUGCCGUCGCUUUCUCUGCUUUGGGAGCUAUAGCAGCAAUUGCAGCAGUUAGACAGAUUGUUCUUGAUGCCAAAGAUUAUCGAUUAUUUGCUAAUGUAUGAUCUCAUGCUUCAAUUCAUAUAUAUACAGGUGCAACAUUUUGUUGUAUACAACUUAGAACAAAAGGAAGAUAACUUCAAAAUUUAUCCAUAAAUUAUAGAAGUCUUUGGGUUUCUUUGAUUUGAGAUUGGAGGACUUUUGUAUCGGUAAAAUGACCAAUUUCCUAAGAUAUCAAUGUUUUUUCGAU